GGAUUUCUUCGCGAGACCUUCCGAUCAUCAGGGUCAUUACCAUUUUUGGCCGGUGCCGUAAAUCGGCUUAUCAAGGCUUCAUCGGAAUUUCUUGCAACCACACCGGCCACAGUUUAUCAAAAUUUAUCUUUUUUCGCCCCAACACUCUUCCGAUACUGUCACUUUGGACGUAUAUAAAGAAGUAACCUGACUCCCUCGACUUCGACACCAUUGGUUCCACUGCUUUAUCUACUCCUGCCUACUCUCCUGUCCCUAGUAGGACAGAGAUUUCCCUUGAUGCUAAGCGUCUUUCUCCUCAUGGCCCUUCAUGGGUCUAUAAGACAAAACAUAUGUCCAUUGAUUUGGGAAGACGUUUAUGGGGAACGAGCUCGCCCGCCUAUGGUCUUCAUGACAAAAUUGAGGGUUCAAUAAGACUUUCUGGGCCUCAUCCUGAACUCAUAGAAGACAUCAGUGUCACGUUGGAAGGCAACUUGGUGACAACAGUCCUCGGUGACGGUGGCAUCGCCAGAAGCAAUACAUUGUUCAUGCAUCACGCAAUAUUCCUUCCCUUAUCCUCUCAUCCAACUGAAGGAGACGAAUAUCCAUUUUUUAUCUCGAUACCCUCGGAAAUUACGCUUCAAGGGGUAACGGCACUGACGCCACCUUCUUUCUAUCGUUUACACCUUGGUGUUACAGGAGAGAUCUCAUAUUCAUUGAAAGUUACAAUGACCAGGCAAGCUAGUCGCAUGUCGUUCAAACAUGAGCCUACCGAAACUCAAGCCAUCUCCAUCCUAUAUUUCCCUAAAACUCGCCCAUCCGACCCUCCACUCGCGGAUAUUCCGAAACCUCUUUCAGACCGUGAUCCACACUUUGAAUCCCCCAGCGUGAAUAUUUCGGAGCAUGUCGACACUUUCCCACUAUCUCCUCGAUGGUCAGCUGCAUCGACUCAUGCCAAACAUCCCUUGACAGAUCUCGAAGCUUCCAAACACUCCAUCUUCUUCUCAAUACCUGCGCCACAAUCAUUCGCUUCCGGAGAACCUAUACCCUUUUUCCUGAGUCUCGUAUUCCCCGAUAGCCCCGCCCAAGCCGCAUUGUAUACCAAAACUAUCACGGUCACACUCAUGAAGCAACUCACUGUCCGUUCUGCCAAAUCACCCUUACGGAAACUAUUCUCCCGGUCUAAAAGUCGGGUUUCGUCUCCGAAAUCUUCUAAAACCUCUACGCCUCUCCACUCACGGAGUGCUUCACCUAUUCCUUUCGAAGACGACAGCGACGACGUUAGCUCACAUUCCGACUCCAGUUCAUCGUCGACCGCAAAUCUUGAUGCAUAUGGUCCUCCCGUAGUUCGACGAUGGAAGUUGACCAGCGGUCAUCUAGAAACACGUAGCGAGUAUUCAGAGGGUGUAUAUUUGCUCCGAGGGUGGAUCUCUGCCGGCGAGUUGGGCAGAGGGUGCUCAUGGAGGGUCGGACAGAUAGCCCGGUUGCAGUACUUUCUUGUGGUCGAGAUUGCUUCACCCGCCUGGAUGGAAGAUCAUAUUCCUGCGUUCCAUUUGGAAAAGGAGAUAGAGAUUACGACAGAUUGUUGGGAGACAAUGAACCGGGAGUUGCAGUCAAUGGGUGGUGUACCCACCCCAGCGUUGGGCCUUGAACGUUGUCUAUUGGAAAGAGAGUCUGAUUAUUAUGAAGUCAUAUAGCGACAACGAUUUCAUUUCGUUAUUUUGAAAUCCUUUAAAAACGACUGUCGUCAGAUGAAAACAGCUUGUAUGCGCCAGUGCUAUAUUCUACUGACGAUGACCACAUUAAGGACGCCGUCGACUGAACUGUCUGCAUCCACUGCUUCUCUUGUACUCCAUGUCAAUUUGCACGAUGGAGGGUCCUACUAAUUGGGAGACAAAGAAAUAAAUGGGAAGGGUUUACAAGUCUCAUCAAAUUUCAGCUUCAACCAGGCUUCGAGCUGAAGCUUCAACUCUUCCUCACUCAGACAGACUCGUAUUCAUGUUCAACUUGUCAAGGGAUUCUUUAUAGUUUUCAACCGAUUCGAAAUUACACUUUUCCUAUAACCUGAAUUCCAAUUUCAAAGCUUCCUUUUCUCAUCUACGCGUCGCGCGAGGGUCAUGAUCUCUAC